AAAGUUUCAAAUCUGAUUGUCACACGGAUGCUUGAUUGGAUUGUGAUCUCGGAAAUUUGUAGGCCAAUUCAACGCUUUUAUGUUCUUCUAGGUCGGCUUCUUUCAUUGAACCAUGGUCCAAUUCUGAUUCUGCCCAUUGUAGGUGCAUGGCAAGGGUAAGCAGUGAAUUUCUCUGAGGUCUAGUACGUAUGUAAUGCCCUCACACAUUGACGAAAUAAGUGGGGAUGAUCGCGGGGGCGCUAUAAGUAGACUCUGACAGCGUUGGUGCCAGCAGCGCACGCUGACUGUGAGGAGGACCAGUCACGUCAAAUCAGGACCAAUCUGCAGUGCUAAACAUGGAGGUGUCUGCUAAACUCAUGUUCCCCAUCGUGAUCAUCUUCGUGCUGGUUGCUCACAGUCCGACUGAAGCAUGGUACAAGCAGGUGGCCGGUCCAACCUACUACUCAGUGGGCAGGGCGUCCGGCUUGCUGUCCGGUAUCCGGAGGUCACCGUACGUCAGGAGAGCCGAGCAGACAGCGGAGCCGACAGAGAGCGGAGAGGCAGCGAGCAACAGUGUGUUUUCUGACUUAAGUCUGCAAAGUUUCAUCCUGAAGACGAUGCCUGUUUGUAUAAAAAACGUUAAACCAAACCUGCAGAGCUGUGAACUCCUCCAGGAAUCCAAGAGCUCCUUUAAGUGCAAAGCAGAAGUCUUCCUCUCUCUGGACUCUUCAGACUGUGCAGAAAACUGAGCAGAAAAGCAGAUGUGUCCUAUUUUUUUGGAAACGUGAAACUCUUCACUUUCAAAUACGUUUAAAAGUUUUAAUUGAUGUUUCACAAGAUCAAAGAUUUUAAUUUUUAAAUGUAUCAUUCCAAAACGUAUUUAUUGGUUCUCUGAUGAUCCUGCCGUAGAACUUUGAAUUGUAUACAUUGUAUCACUGUACAUAUUUGAUCUGAGUUUUCAGUAAUAAAUCAUUUAAUUGCAGCCCUUUGUUGAACUCAAUGAAUGCAUCACUCAUUACUUUGAUUUUCUGUCUUAUCUAAAGUGACUUACUGCAACAUGAAUGUCAACAAUCACACCUGAGCCUGGUAACACACUUAAAAGUGGUGAAAGUUAAAAUUCAUGCAUCAAAAUCUCAGUGACUGUCCUACAUUUGAAUGUUCCA